AUGGUCAACGGUGACGCCAUCGCCUACAAUAUCGCCGUCUUCGUUAGCACCCUGUUCCUUCUCGAAUUCGGCGCCGAUAAAUUCGUAGACCAUACCGCCAUCGUUGCCCGUCGGACGGGAAUUCCUGACACGGUGAUUGCCCUGCUCACUGCCGGUGCAGAGUGGGAAGAGCUUGUUGUCGUUGUUGCCUCACUUGCGCAGGGUCGACCAUCGCUAGCAGUGGGAAACAUCAUCGGGUCAGCCAUCUCAAACAUCCUCGGCGCCUUUUCACUCGGACUUUUAUUUCGUCCAACGGGCUCGCAUGUUGAGUUUGACAGGAGCUCUAGGAUAUACUCACUGUGCUUGCUUAUUAUCACCACAUUUGUCGCGCCAGUUGUUUACUUCUCCCAGAGGAUCAUCUGGUUGGUAGGUGGUUCUGUCUUGAUUGGGCUCUUCGCCGUCUACCUGAUCUCCAUAGGCUAUUCUAUCAGUCGGGGAAGUCUCACCGCGCCUGAAAGUUCGGAUGAUGAUAGCAGUGAUGAUGAAAGCGAUACAUUAUCAAUAGAAUCAACGCCCUCUGUCAGGAGCCCCCUCCUGCCAAGGCACGAGGAGCCUGAGCCUGAGAAUAGGAACGAACGGGAUCAUCGAGUCGCUGGUAGUCCUUCGGUGGCCGGGGUCACAGAUAUGCUGAACCAUCGAAGGAGACGGAGCCUCGGAUAUCACAUUGGCUUUCUGGUCCCUGGCUUCUUAGCCAUCUGCCUGUCGGGCUAUGUCCUCUCACACGCCGCCAUCAAUGUCACAGACGCUAUUGGCAUCUCCGACGUUCUGUUCGGUAUCGUCAUUCUUGCCAUCGCCACUACCCUGCCCGAGAAAUUCGUUGCUGUCCUGAGCGGGAACCGAGGCCAUGUAGGGAUUCUUGUAGCCAAUACCGUGGGGAGUAACGUCUUCCUCCUGUCGCUCUGCCUGGGCAUUGUCAUGGUUGACACCUCCGGGAACUUUGAUGGAGGCAAUAUCAAUGUCUCGGAGCUAUCUGUCCUCUGGGGCUCUACGCUGGCGCUCACGAUAACCGUUUGCUCCCUCCCGCGACCUCUCAACCUCGAUCUUCCCAUCACCAAAAUGUCCGAUCCUCUGAGUGUCGCCGCUUCAAUCGCAGGACUCAUCUCAAUCACAGUAGAGGCUGUCAAGUUCCUCAGUCCAUAUGUCUCAGCGGCUAAAGAGACCCCGCAGGUCGCGGCGCACGUCUACUCUGAAGUCCAGAGCACCCAGGUCAUACUGAUGGGACUUCAGAGCCUCACCAAGAACCUUGGGUCCGUGAAGGUUCAAAAUGCCGCCCUGAUUGGCGUGAAUCAGGUAGUAGCGGUUCUCACGGAUGGAGUUCUUCUUUACUCGGAGUUGCAUAAGGAACUUCAGUCCUUGUGGACUAAAGACGGCGUGGAAAAAGUACCGCUGAGAGGCCGCUUACAGUGGGUUUGGAAGGAGAGUACAUUUGUAACUCUUCUCAAUAGGCUGCAGAGCUUCAAGAGCUCAAUGACACUUGUAUUGGUGAUUCUGCAAAGUGACUCUGGCAAAACAGCAAAAGAGCACCAGGAGCAGCUCUCCAACAACGUCAAAGCUCUUCUAGACAAUAACAAUGCUCUGUCACGCCGGCUGAUGAACAUCGAGGAUGCUUUGGAUACCCAGACAAUCAUUUCCAGGCGCAUGAGCAUUCUCUCGAUGAGCGGGUCUCCAUCUCAAAACUCAAGUCAGCAAUCAACUACGGAAUCACCAGCUACAUCAAUCACGACUAAGACCAACCCUACUAUAUCUAAGUUUGACUUUGAAGAUGAUCUUGAGUCAUCACGCGUAUACCGCCGCGCAGUUAGAGAAACCAUGGAUUAUUCAUUCCGGAGCUCGGUCGCUAGAUCACACAACUGGUCGGUCUUUUCAGGCCUGAGUCUCGGUGAAAUUUCUAUUAUGUCUGUCAUCGCAUUGCCCGUGUAUCAGGAUGAUAUCACCAAUGCUGAGCACUAUGACUUCGGAGAAGAAGCUGUUCCUGAUACUGAAACGCCAGGGCCAGUUACGGGCCAGCCUUUGUUGAUACAAUGCCUCGAGCUUAAACUUAAACUUCUCACGAUACCGGGGAUGUCUAGGUACUUUGAUGACAUACCUCAUCCCCCUGACGAUAUAUCUCUCCUCCGGUCAGUGCUUCAGCAAGCUACACCGCUGCUUAUGCUUGCUCAGGCUUUGACCCCGACUCAAAGCUUAGAUACCGGUCUACCUGAGGACAUCACCGAUGACACCAGGAAAGAAAUAGUUUUAUGGUUUGCCCAGUUCUGCCACGACAAGCUCGAUAUAGAAACGAGCAACCUGAUUACAGUCCAGGAUCUGAUGGGAGGUACCCCUAUCACCAAGAACUUGGUAAUCCAUGGUCCUCCUACGGACCAGUUGUCUUCAGCCAAAGCUCAAGUCGACGCCCAGCCCCCAGAGCUUCGAAAGCUGCUCAUGGAACAGCACCAAUCCGUCCAGGAUGUUCAUGAACUCCUUGAGAUGAAGGAACAACUCGACAUGCUUUCGAACGACAUAUUUCAAGGGUCAAGAGAACUCGCAGACACACAUGUCGCGUUUCUUAUCGGGAUGGAACAGAACUUUCUACGUCCCUUGACUGAUCAGAAAUGGGCUCCGUACUUGAAGAGCCUGCCGGUUCCCACAGAAGAGCAGAAGAAGGAUCGUAGCAAGUCUCAAUAUUCCAUUUCGCGGAUUGUUACUCGGCUACAGGAUAAUACCAUAUCUGUGAAUACCCAAUCGGCUGUUCAGGAGCUUCAACAAAAGAUCGCGGACUGGAAGGGCAUUCGUCCAGGUGAUCUUGGGGAGAUGAUUCUCUCUCAGAGACUUUAUGUGACAAAGAGUUCCAAAACUCACCCGUAUCACGGGUAUCUUUUCCAGAACAUGCUUCUCCUCUGCAAAGAGACUCGUGGUCAACAUUCAAAAGAGCCAUCGUUUUACGGGUCGAAGCCCUUAUCCGAACAGAAGCAGACCAAGUUCAUACUAAAGGGACGAUUCCAUCUGAGACAUAUACUAUCGGUCACUCUGACCUCUAAGAAGAACACACAUAUAUGUGAGGUUCAAUGGGGUGCUGAAAACAGCGACAAGUCAGAAUUCUCACUUGUCUUUGAAAGAGAGUCUGAAAUGCGAGCCUGGGCAUCAAAGAUCGAUGAGUAUAGAAUGAUGGAAAUACUCAUGGCAAGGCCAAAGAUUGAUGCAGAAGAGAUAGAUUCACCGACAGAAGGGAACACGAAUGAAUCUGUACCUGAAGAUUUGACGGAACGAAGGGAGCGAUGGAAGCGAUAUGGGGUAAUAACAUAG